CUCGUAAAACGCUCACUUGCUUUCAAUUUUUGUCAUCUCUAACAAGGGCAAAAGAGAGAAAAGUAUUACUGUUACAGAGGAGAAAGAAGAAAUCAAAGCUUUUCUACUGUGAUUUUUACUUUAGUUUGAGAUCAGAAAUGAGGAGAAAUCCAAAAGCUUCGAUUGACCCGAUCCGCACGAGCAAGCGGAUAGCCAAAGCAAAAAAUGUGAUGAAUCCAAUAGUCGCCAUCGAAGCAAUAAAUAAGAAGAACUCUAAAGUUGCUGGAUCGGAAGUAAUUACAAGGAAGACAACAUUAGUUCCAAAAAUUGCUGAUGAGCCAACAAUGACGAAGAAGAUCAAAGCCUCCAAGGAAGCAGCCGAUAAUAAGAGAGGUAAAAGGCCCUCUGCAAGUAAAGUUCCACAGACAGAUACCAGCUACAAAACUCUGUAUUUUGACUCGCAAAAAAAGGUUGAGGAUUUGACAGAGCUAAACCAUAAACAAGCCAUUGAUUUGAGCUACCGGAGUGGACAAGUUGAUGCAUAUGAGUAUAUAAUAGGAAAUAUGAAGAAUGUGGUGGCCUUCUCUAAUACAAUGAGAGUAACUGAUGCAGAGAUGAACUUGUCUAAAGGAACUGCUCCAGAUGGUCCUUCAUUGAACCUGAACCAUCUCGAAUGAGAAGAUUAUAUUCAUAGAACGCGUGUUCAUCCUCUAUGGUACUGAAUGUUUUUGGUGGCCAUCCAUUUAUUUGGUGGUGUUAAUGUACAUGUAUGUUGAAAUUAACAACCCUUGGGUUGGGUCUUUAACUCUUGUUAGUUUUCUCAGUCAGUAUCUGAUGUUUUCUUAGCAACUAGUAGUAUGGACUCUUGUUGGUAAAGCUGAAAGUGGAUCUUGAAGGUAGAAUGACAUGUCUUGCUCUUUUUAGCUA